GCGCCAUUUGUUCCAUUUGAGCGCGAGCAGCCUGGGUUUUCAAGAUGGCGGAAUGAAACGUGGAAAGGAGGCCGUAAAGUCUUAUCUCAGAAAUAUAUGUUUUGCCGCUGUGAGAAAUACUCGGUUUGUGAUGGAGUUAUUUGAAGGAUUAAGGCGAAGAAAGGGUGGCGUUAAUGAAGGAAAAGAUAUAAAGAAAGAAGAGAAAACUAGAGACGAGAAGAACUUGAAGGACGCUGCAGCUGGGACUGUGGAACCCGGAACUUACUGGCUGACAAGAAUCGUGUUUUUGAGAUCUCUUGGAUUCAUUUAUUUUGUGGCCUUUGCAGUAGCACUCAGUCAGAACAAACAGCUUUUAGGCAAAAAUGGGCUUCUUCCAUCAGACCUGUACCUGAAGAGAUUAGAAGAUCAUUUUGAUGAGGCCGGCUGGAGGAAAAUUCUUCAUGUUCCCACGGUGCUUCUUUUAACUGAUAAAAACAAAAUUGAUGAGCAUUUGGACAUUUUGGCGUACACUGGGCUGUUAUUUUCAGGAAUUGUUGUACUCAGUGGAUGUGGGAAUAUCAUAAUUAUGGCAUUGUUGUGGGUUUUAUAUCAUUCUAUUGUCAAUGUAGGACAAAGAUGGUAUUCAUUUGGUUGGGAGUCACAGCUUCUUGAGACAGGCUUUCUUGCAAUAUUUUUGUGUCCGGUGUUUAAACUGCGUCAAGUGCCUAUUUACACACCAACACCUCUGGUUGUUGUUUGGGGAUACAGAUGGCUUAUCUUCCGCAUUAUGAUUGGUGCUGGUCUGAUAAAGAUAAGAGGUGAUCAGUGUUGGCGAGACCUCACAUGUAUGAACUACCAUUAUGAGACUCAGCCUGUACCCAAUCCAAUGAGUUAUUUUAUGCAUCAGUCUCCAGAGGUCUUUCACAAGUUUGAAACACUGACAAAUCAUUUUAUAGAGCUGGUGGUUCCAUUUUUUAUCCUCCUGACCAGACCAUUUAGAAUUUGGUGUGGAAUUUUACAGAUUCUUUUUCAGGUUGUUUUGAUAAUCAGCGGUAACUUGAGUUUUCUGAACUGGCUGACGAUUCUUCCCAGUCUUAUGUGCUUUGAUGACAAGAGCCUGGCAUUCCUAUUCUCAUCAUCCUCUGCUAAAAAGGAGGUGAUCCACAUACAGCAGCUUCCUAGGAUUGGUGCUCCUGGAUCAAAACCAACAUGGGCUGUUCUUGGGGCCAAAGUGAUAAAAUUGUGCUUCAUUGAAGGAAAAAAUCAAUCUCAUUUCCAGGGUCUCUCAUCUGACUGCCCUCCUAGCAUGAGAGAGGACGGCUCUGGGGAAGACCCUGGGAACGAGAAUUACCAGUACAAUCCCUGGUUGAUUCACUUGGCAGCUAAACUUCUUGUUAACGAUGAACAAGCUACUUCACUGAUAGCACACAACCCAUUCUUUAACGCUACGCCUCCCACCUUCAUUCGUGGCGAACAUUACCUCUAUAAGUUUACAAUGAUUGGCAGCCAAGAAGCAAGGGCCGGGUAUUGGUGGAAACGCACCAGAAUUGGAUCUUAUUUUCCACCUAUCACGUUACGAGCCGUCAGAGAUUACCUGGAAUCACACGGAUGGAAAGUGCCAAGACUCAAGAAGACAGUCUAUAAUAUAAUUCUGUUUGCUCUUCCCAGCGUAACAAAAGAAAGGACCGAAGUGAUAUUUCAAGGAACAAGAAACUCGACCAUUAUACCAGAUGAAGAUGGAGGCAUCUGGGAAGAAUAUCAGUUUAAGUGUAAACCUGGAGACCCCAAGAGGCGACCAUGUGUUAUUUCACCGUAUCACUACCGACUGGAUUGGCUCAUGUGGUUUGCAGCUUUUCAGAAUUACCAGUACAAUCCCUGGUUGAUUCACUUGGCAGCUAAACUUCUUGUUAACGAUGAACAAGCUACUUCACUGAUAGCACACAACCCAUUCUUUAACGCUACGCCUCCCACCUUCAUUCGUGGCGAACAUUACCUCUAUAAGUUUACAAUGAUUGGCAGCCAAGAAGCAAGGGCCGGGUAUUGGUGGAAACGCACCAGAAUUGGAUCUUAUUUUCCACCUAUCACGUUACGAGCCGUCAGAGAUUACCUGGAAUCACACGGAUGGAAAGUGCCAAGACUCAAGAAGACAGUCUAUAAUAUGUGACAGCUCUAAGAUUAAAUACUCUUGUACGCGCUUAAAGUUAAGCCAGUCAAACUGGUUAAUAUAUUUAUCAGAAGGCGUGAAAAUGGAGUUUGUUCUACGAAGUCAGAUUUCCACUACAUUCUAUAGCCUAAUUUACACACUACGAUUUCUCGCCCGAUUUUUGGGGUACAAUAAAGGCCCUAGCCUGUGUCACAGCCGCCUCUCAAGCUCCCGAUAAAGAGGAGAGUGAAUCGGCGCUUCUUAAAGGUUCUCGACUCCAAUCUAACACGUCGGUGGAUUAGGAAAAAAUUGUCCGCACAGAUUGCAGCGCGUCGAGCUAAGUUUGUGAAAGAAAACGCCACGCGCGAGCAAAUUACAUCUGCACGGAUUUCAUUACAUUUAAAGUAACUCGUCUACGUCGCUUUAAAGAUGAUUCGCAUUACGAUUAUGGUUGCCAACAAAUCAAGCCGACAAUUCGUCAUGUGUCAGUUUACCAGA